AUGGAGACGAAACGGGAUUCAUUCUUUAAGAAAGGCAAGAAACAAAAGCCUGAUAAAAAUAAGGGAGAUAAUAAAAAGCAGGAACGGCAGAAAAAUUUUGAUGAAAAUCGCAAUGGGAUGAAGGAUGCCAAAGACGAAAAGAAACCAUUUGACAAAAAAGCAUACCGUUUGAAGAAAUACAGCAAAAAAUAUAAGUUGGAGCAAUGGGAGGAGCAGAGAAAGAAAAGGCUGAUGCAAGACUACCAGAAAAUGUUAAAGAAUGAGCAAGUAAGUGGUACUUACAAGCCGAAGUCAUUCGAUGAGGACCAGCCCGACGGUGAUUCAGAGGUCGGCAAGUUUGUGAGACACCCGGAUCUGAUGAAAAAUGAUCCACCGAACCAGAAAACAAAGAAAGAUCCAUUCGCUAAAGCAAAAGAACAGUUCAAUAAAGUCAAACAGGAUAAAAUUGAUAAGAAACAGGCUUUGGAGCAAGCGAAGCAAGAAAGAAUGCAAAAAUUGCAAGAAUACAAGAAGAAGAAGCAAGAAAGAUUUAAGAAGUUAAGCAAGAAGAAUAAAAAGGGUCAGCCAGAUAUGACGGGUAGAUUGGAAUUAUUGUUAGAAAAGAUACAAAGCUCCAAAUGA